UAGUAUGUAUGUACCUACUUAAAAUACAGUAAACUAAAAAUGUGGGCUCUGAUAGCAAUCUGUGCUUUGUUUUCUUCUACGGCAUGGGCCCACGAAAAGGAAUUGGGUUGGCAUCGAACAGUGGGUAUCAAGAAUGCUGAAUUAAUAAAAGUAUCGGAAGAGGCAGAGAUCAGAAGUCGCAUCGUUGGUGGAACCAUAGCGCCGUACUACGCCCACCCUUACCUUGUUGGUCUCAUCAUCGAUAUAAUUGGAUCCACGUCUCCAUCAGCCUGCGGUGGAUCACUCCUCUCCACAUCCAGAAUCCUAACAGCAGCACAUUGCUGGAACGAUGGUUUCUCUCAAGCGUUCCAAAUCGAGGCAGUAAUGGGAUCAGCGUUCCUGUUUCACGGAGGCUUGCGAAUAUACGUAACUGGUAUCGCUAUACACCCCAGGUACGAUUCAAGAACAUGGGCCAACGACAUUGCAAUGCUCUACCUGCCGGUGCACGUUCCACUCUCUGGAGCGAUUCAGCCAAUUAAGUUACCAUUCGGGCCUCUAUUACAAAUGGACUAUGCGAAAAAGACGGUCAGAGCUGCAGGUUACGGAAGGUACUCAGAUUUAUCCUUGCCAACAACUAACACCAUGGCCAGAAAUGUUCUGCUCGAAGUUAUACCUUUAGACAAAUGUCGAUCGUUUUACGGUCAAAUUGUGCAAGACUCCAAUAUUUGCACUAACGGCUAUGGUGGAGUUGGAAUUUGCCAAGGUGACUCAGGUGGACCAUUAACAUUGAAUGUUCACGGAGAAGAAGUUUUAAUUGGCGUUAGCUCAUUUGUAGCGAGGGAUGGAUGUGAAUUAGAAUUCCCGUCCGCAUUUGCGAGAGUAAGCAGUUACAUCGACUGGAUAAGGGUUCAGAUAUAAGGUGUCUGCUCAAUUAAUUGCUUAAUCCAGUGACAACAAUGACUAUUGUGAAUUAAAGGUAUAGAUUUAAAUAAAGAAUUGUGAUAUAAAUAAAGCGCUUAUAAUUGUUAUUAAAUAGUAAUAUAUCUACGUAAUAUGUGCAUUACUUUGUCCAAGUAGAUCCAAGUGAAUGAUUUAUGUAGAUAGCAAUAAAAAAAACAUAAUCUGAA